UACAGGCAUUUCAUGUAAAAACGAUUCCUUUGUCUUUUGAAUUAGCAGCCAAAGCAUGGACGAGGCUCCAGACCAUUUGUACAUUUUUGAAUCCUUCCUGUUUUUCUGCUGGUACUCCCUGGAUUUUCUUGGAUCCACUCUAAACUUAUUUUGCCUUUCUCCCAGCAGGUGGGACCUGCAACAAAAUGGAGCACCAACUUAAACGGAGUGCCCACCUUUAGGAACCCCAGUGUGACCCUAUAAACCCCAUGGCCCUUUAGGGCAGUAGCCAAGCUGACACUGGCCAGGGGCGCGGAGGUUUAGGGGUUCCGUGGUGUUCCCAUUGCAGCUGACAAAGGGUAUGUUUAAAAUGGGGUUCAGCAUAAGAACAUCCCUGCUGGAUCAGGCCCAAGGCCUAUCUAGUCCUGCAUCCGGUUUCGCACAGUGGCCCAGCAGAUACCGCUGGAAGCCAAAGUCAGGAAUUCAGGGCGUGCCCUCUCUCUUUCUGUUACUCCCCUGCAACUGGUAUUCAGAGAAAUCCUUCCUUUGAGGCUGGAGGUGGCCCACAGCCCUCCAACUAGUAGCUAUUGAUAGACUUCUCCUCCAUGAAGUUAUCCAAACCCCUCUUAAAGCCAUCCAGGUUGUUGGCUGUCACCACAUCCUGUGGCUCUCAGUUCCACAAGUGGAUCACACGUUCUGUGAAAAAGUACUUCCGUUUGUUGGUCCUAGAACUCCUGGCAAUCAAUUUCAUGGGGUGACCCCUGGUUCUAGUGUUGUGUGAGAGGGAAAAGAAUUUUUCUCUCUCCACUUUCUCCAAACCAUGCAUAAUUUUAUAGACCUCUAUCAUGUCUCCCCACAGUCAUCUUUUUUCUAAACUAAAAAGCCCCAGAUGUUGUAGUCUUGCCUCAUAAGAGAGGUGCUGUAGGCCCGUGGUCAUCUUGGUUGCCCUCUUCUGCACCUUUUCCAGUUCUACAAUGUCCUUUUUAAGAUGUGGUGACCAGUAUUGUAUGCAGUACUCCAAAUGUGGUUGCACCAUAGUUUUGUAUAAGGGCAUUAUAAUAUUAGCUGUUUUAUUUUCAAUCCCCUUUCUAAUGAUCCCUAGCAUGGAAUUUGCCUUUUUCACAGCUGCCGCACAUUGAGUUGACAGUUUCAACGAGCUGUCCACCACGACCCCAAGAUCUCUCUCCUGGUCAGUCACCGACAGCUCAGAUCCCAUCAGCGUAUACUUGAAUUAGGGUUUUUCGUCCCAAUGUGCAUCACCUUACGCUUCCCAGCAUUGAACUGCAUUUGCCAUUUUGUCACCCACUCCCCCAGUUUGGAGAGAUCCUUUUGGAGCUGCUCACAAUCUGUUUUGGAUUUCACUACCUGGAAGAGUUUGGUAUCAUCUGCAAAUUUGGCCACCUCACUUCUUACCCCUGCUUCAAGAUCAUUUAUGAAUAAAUUUAAAAGCACCAGUCCCAGUACAGAUCCCUGGGGGACCCCACUUCUUUCUUAUUUGUUUGUUUGUUUGUUUAUUACAUUUAUAACCCACCCAAAAUUAUGUCUCUGGGCGGCUAAAAACAAUUAAAACACAUAUAAAAGUUAAAACAGUUAAAAUAGUUACUUCCCUCCAUUGUGAAAACUCUCCAUUUAUACCUACCCUCUGUCUUUCAACCAGUUUGCAAUCCACACAUGUACCUGUCCCCCUAUACCAUGACUGCUAAGUUUCCUCAGGAGUCUUUGAUGAGGAACUUUGUCAAAAGCUUUUUGGAAGUCUAGGUAUACUAUGUCAACUGGAUCAGCUUGAUCCACACACUCGUUGACAUCCUCAAAGAAGCAGCCUCCUAGCUCAGAGGUCUCUGCAGUAUGCCCUGCGCACUCGCGCAGGGCAUACUGGGGCUUCCGGGGGCCGCAUGGCCCCCUAGCUCCCCAGCCCCAGCCGGCUCCGUCUCAGAGCCGGCCAUCGUGUGAGCGGCCGAUCCGGCUGCCCAGGGCUCCCUGCCCGCUCGUCUGCGGGGAGUGUGGGCUUAGCCCGCUCUCUCUACAGUAUUAACAAAAGCCUCUAUGUGUGGGUAAUUGAAGUCACCCAUGAUUACAGCCCUGGAUCUCCUUGAUGCCUCCCUGAUUUCCUCCUGCAACUCCCAGUCACUGUCAGUGUUUUGAUCCGGAGGGUGAUAGCACGUCCCCAGUAGUACAUUCCCUUCCAGGCCUUGUAUUGUCACUCACAGGGUUUCUGUGGAGGACUCCAGUCCACCUAGGUUUUCUAUCUUGUUAGAUUCUAUCCCUUCUUUAACAUACAGUGCUUCCCCACCUCCAAGGCGCCCCUCCCUGUCCUUUCUACUAUAGAGUUUAUACCCUGGGAUAACAGUAUCCCACUGGUUCUCACAGUUCCACCAUGUUUCUGUUAUGCUCACUAUAUCUAUUUCUGCGUUAGCCACCAAGCACUCCAGCUCAUCCAUCUUGGCUUGGAGGUUCCUGGCAUUGGCAUAUAAGCACCUAUAUGAUGAAUCUCUCCCCUGAUGUAUGCUUUCUUUUGACUCUUUGACCAGCUGGCACAGGCCCCCAUCUGCUCUUUAUGUGGUUCUGCUCUGUCCCCUUUUGUUGUGAUAAACCCAUGCAAAACAUCCACAUUGGGAGGGCAAUCUAACCUAAAACUAAGGCCUAGGGAACCACAGCACAGCCAUCUUAAUAUGAAGUCCCAUAACUCUCUAUGCCUCUUCCACACUGGAAACUAAGGGGUUAAUUCUCCCAGCCCUCUCUGCAUAGGGAAGUAACCUUUGCCUCUUAAGGAGCAAAUCUGCUGCAGCUGCUGGUAUCUUACUCUUCUGCUGAGAGAAACCUAGACAAGGGGCAAGGAAUGGGGAAACAGAAUAAGCUAUGAACAGCGGAUGUUGGGAAACUGAUAUGAGUUAAGGGAUGGUCAAUUGUUCGUUCUGAUGUAAACAAAGGUAGAUCUGUGCUGAUGAUAGGCUUUGGAUCUGUGCUGAUAGGUUUUGCAUUCCUUCUAAGACUUUUGUUACACCAUGAUAAGAUGACUAAGCUACCCUCUGUGUAUAAAUACUUACCUGUAACUGGGGGUCUUCGCUCUCGAUUUGGGUGAACCCCGAAAGCCUUACUUGCUAGCAGUAAAAUCCCAUAAGCUUUUCCCUGUGUGUGUGUGUGUGUGUGUGUUAUUUGGCGUCGUGCACCACCCAGACAAGAACCGGCUUUCACGGUUAUAUCAGUUUUGUCUGAAUCCUUUGCACCCUCCCACUUUAAAGGAUGGCUUUUGCCGAACGGGAUACUGCCCAGCUCCCAUCGGCUGUUUCCCAGGUGUCAUUUUAAAAGCUGAUAAAAGUGCUACCCUGAGCACACUGAAUUAGGAGAGGAGACCUGGUCUUGUGGUAGCAAGCAUGACUUGUCCCCUUAGCUAAGCAGGGUCUGCCCUGGUUGCAUAUGAAUGGGAGACUAGAAGUGUGAACACUGAAAGAUAUUCCCCUUAGGGGAUGGAGCUGCUCUGGGCAGAUCAUCUAGGUUCCAAGUUCCCUCCCUGUCUCCUCCAAAAUAGGGCUGAGAGAGACUCCUGCCUGAAACCAUGGAGAAGCCACUGCCAGUGUGUGAAGACAAUAUUGAGCUAGAUAGACCAAUGGUCUGACUCAGUAUGUGGCAGCUUCCUAUGUCCCUGAGACACAUGGAAAUUCUUGUAGAAUUAAAAUACUAAGUAUCUUUAUUAGUGAAGUACACUUUGGAUAGGAAAUAGGAAGAGGAAAGGAAGGGAUUCUGACUCAUCACAGGAUGCCUGAAGAGGAGUCAUAUCAGGGGUCAUAGAGUAGAGACAGCUAGAACAGCUAGGGAGACCCUCACUCACUAUCUCUCCUCCCACUGCUCCUAGUGGUCAUCAGGAUAGUCGGUGCAAAAGGUCGAUGCACUGGAACUCCAUAUCCCACAAUUCAAUUCAGUUUAUUACAAUCAAAGAUCAGCACACAGUUCACAAAUCCAGAUACAAGAGUCCCCAAAAGUGAACAUCGAUACCAGUGCAUGCGCACACACACACACACACACACACACACACACACACACACACACAAUGCAAGUAAGAACUAUUACGUAAAAUAUAAGAUGGAAUGAGAUGACAAAAUAAAAACAAGACGAAUUAAGAGCCUGUAUUAACCAUCUCUGACACACGGUGGGCCGGUCUUAACUGCAGCUGUACAGAAUUUGGCCACCCAAUGCGUGACAUCAGUUUACGUAUCAGAAAGAAAUAAGUUUAUAUAAAACUCAUCAGAAUUAUUUGGAUAUCUAAAAACAAGAGGAGCAAUAAAUCUAAGACGCAGAUCACAAAGAAAUGAGCAAUACAAAAGCAUGUGACCUACUAGUUCAACAUCGCCAUUCCCACAAGGAUGCAAUCUCUCCAAAAAAGGAACCCUCCUAAAUCUACCCUCUAAGGAGCCACCGUGGUGUAGUGGUUAGAGUGCUGGACUAGGACUGGGGAAACCCGAGUUCAAAUCAAAUCUCAAUUCAGCCAUGAUACUAGCUGGAUGACUCUGGGCCAGUCACUUCUCUCUCAGCCUAACCUACUUCACAGGGUUGUUGUGAGGCCCAGUGGUGGCUCUGCCCCGAUGCUUCCUCUUCUGCCUGUGUUCUGCCUCCCACCCACCCACCCACCCCUGCCCUCAAAUAUAUAUUAGGCUCGAUUAAGAAACAAUCCAGAUGUUGAAGACGAAAACAGGACUAUGGGGCAUUCUCUUGCGGCGAGGAUCUGGAGUGCGUGCCACCAAUGCAGCCUCAAAGGCAGGAUGCCUCUGAGUACCUGUUGCAGGCGAGUAAUGGCAGGUGAGAGGGCGGACCCUCAACUCCUGCCUAUGGCUUCCAGCGGCAUCUGGUGAGCCACUGUGCGAAAGAGGAUGCUGUACUAGAUGGGCCUUGGGCCUGAUCCAGCAGGGCUGUUCUUAUGUUCUUAUGUAAUGCACCUCAGGGCAGAACCAGGGGGGAACAAGGCGAGAGGCAGAAAUUCAACAGGCAAAGCCCAUCUUAGUGCUUGCAUGUGGGAAGCUGUAUCUGUUGCAUUUCUACCUCUCGCGUAGAUGCUACCCUGGUGGUGUUUGCGGGGGCGGUGCGGGUCGGGGGGAGUUUCAGUGCAAUGUCAUAGUCCUGGUAAGGACUGAAAGUUAACACGCCGUUUUCCGAUGUGAACAUUUUUUUUUUUUACUGAGCUUGGUUUGAAAAGUGCUGCAGAAGGUCAAUUGAGGUGCUGGUUUACAUAUUGCGCAGCACUCCGCCAAUCCAAGAGCAGUGCAUCUACACUGGUUCUGUCAAUUCUAAGCUGCAUCCACUGUUACUGGUCUCGCAGAGCUUCAGUGGUGGCUAACAAUUGUGUCAGUGCUGAAGCAACACCUCUCUUAUUGGGAAUAAUGAGAGAUGCCCCCGUUUGACUGCUGAUGAUGAUGCCAGCAACGAGUUAAGGUGAGAGAGAUGUGAAUCCUAGAGAGGGGGAAAAGGAUCGUGAUUGGCCACACUUCUUCCUACCACGCCCCAUCCCUGGGAAAGAGGGGGAGGACUCCGUCCGGGAUCAUUUGGGGAGCCCCACUGAGGUGUGUUUAUCUGGAGGGGAGUUUUGGAGGUGGAGGAGGAGGAAGAGGAGGAAUCGAGGGAGGAGUGAGUGGGUGGAACACCCCCUUGGGGGGAGAGCAAAGCCCAGAAAGUGAGUGGGGGGAGAAGGAGGGAGGAAAGUCAUCCCAGCAGCCCCUCCCCGCACCUCAGCUCAUGGGGGGGUGGCCUGUGUGGGGCUGAUGAUCCCUCUGCAGUUCCUCCCAAGCCGAGACAAGCUUCUUUGCAAAAGGAGGAGGCUUUGAGGAGACAGAAGCCAGUUUUCCAGCUGCUUGCCCUCAAUAGCUUUGCGGGGCCCUAACGGGAAAGAGAGACAGUGGUCCCUGGAGGAGGAGGAGUAAAGGGGGAGAAGCAGAUCUGGCUGGAAUAUCUGAGUAGGAAAGAGGGGUGGGGGAGAGAAGGCUGUUGUGGGCAGCGGGGGAUGCACAGCCAGCCUUUUCGGGGAGGAGGCUCUGCAUUGGUCUGUGACUUGCAAAGGAAGGAACCUCCUUCCAUUCUCCAGGUGCCAGUACUCAGUGGCUUCAUCCAUUACAGAAGUUCCUGCUGCAAGGACCAGUCUGUUGGUGAAACAACUUUGGCCUUCUUGGAGGCUGCCUCUGGAGCAAGGAAUUGGAGAUGGCAAUGCAAGACUCAGGUGGCCCAGAGACCAUCAAGGCUGGGAGCGGUGAGGAAUUAUGGGAAAGGACUCUGCAGGGAAUCCUGCAGGAGGAGACGCUCCCUUCAGAUGCACAGCUCCAACACUUCAGGCAAUUCCGCUACCAGGAGGUUGAGGGACCCCGACAGGUUUGCAGCCGACUCCACCACCUUUGCCGUCGGUGGCUCAGACCAGAGCAACACACAAAACACCAGAUCAUGGACCUUGUGAUCCUAGAGCAGUUUCUGACCAUCCUGCCCCCUGAGAUGGAGAGCUGGGUGAGGGAAUGUGGAGCAGAGACCAGUUCGCAUGCAGUGGCCCUGGCAGAAGGUUUCCUCCUGAGCCAGGCAGAGGCCAAGAAGCAGGACGAGCAGCAGGAGCAGGGGCCAUUAGCAGAAGCAAACCCCAAUUUUUCUGAGGCAGAGAAGACUCUAUCAGACGCCAGACCGAAGCUGCUGCACGGAGGAAGCUCUCAGGAGGAUCAUGCAGAUCCCACCUCACUGGUUCAUGGAACCCCACUGGAGGUGCUGAAAAGCUCAUGGCUCCCCUGUGUGGCUGGAGAAACAGCUUCUACCCAACCAGAUCAGGGUGCCGUGUCCUUUGAGGAGGUGGCUGUGCAUUUCACGGAGGAGGAGUGGGCUCUGCUGGAUGCAGACCAAAGAGCCCUGCACAGAGCAGUCAUGGAGGAGAACAGGCAGAAUGUGGCCUCUCUGGCAGGUGAUGGGUGGAAAAUCAAGACUGAAGGAGAAGCAUGCGGGUCACUAGUAGAAAGAGCAAGAUGUAAAAAGAAAGGACAACAGAGAAAAGCAACAAAAGAAAGCAAUGAAAGGAAGAAUGAAACUCCUCCUGUUCAUGCUGGUGACUGCCAAGAAACGCGAAUCCAAGAAGAAACAGAGAAUGGAAAGCAAAAGAGGAAGCCCCUCUCAUGUGAGAAUAGCAUUGGUUAUAAAUUGUGGCUUAAAUGUCACUGGGGAAAGAAGAGAAGGGAGAAGAAACCAUUUAAGUGCUUGGUGUGUAGAAAGAGCUUCAGUUGGAACUCACAUCUAAGGGAACACCAAAGAAUUCACACAGGAGAGAAACCAUUUAGAUGCUUGGAAUGUGGAAAGAGCUUCAGUUGGAAAUCAGGUCUUAGGAGCCAUCAAAUAAUCCACACAGAAGAGAAACCAUUUAGAUGCUUAGAGUGUGGAAAGAGCUUCAGUCGGAGAUCAGGUCUUAGAAGCCAUCAAAUAAUCCACACAGAAGAUAAACCAUUUAGAUGCUUGGAGUGUGGAAAGAGCUUCAGUUGGAGCUCAGCUCUUAAGAUCCAUGAAAGAAUUCACACAGGAGAGAAACCAUUUAGAUGCAUGGAGUGCGGAAAGAACUUCAAUUAUAGUUCACAUCUUAGAGAACAUGAAAGAAUUCACACAGGAGAGAAACCAUUUAGAUGCUUGGAAUGUGGAAAGAGCUUCAAUAAGAGCUCAAAUCUUAGAGAACAUGGGAGAAUUCACACAGGAGAGAAACCAUUUAGAUGCUUGGAGUGUGGAAAGAGCUUCAAUCAUAGUUCACAUCUUAGAAAACAUCAAAGAAUUCACACAGGAGAGAAACCAUUUACAUGCUUGGAGUGUGGAAAGAGCUUCAAUCACAGUUCACCUCUUAGAGAACAUCAAAGAAUUCACACAGGAGAGGAACCAUUUGCAUGCUUGGAGUGUGGAAAGCGCUUCAAUAAGAGCUCAACUCUCAGGGGACAUCAAAGAAUUCACACAGGAGAGAAACCAUUUAAAUGCCUGGAGUGUGGAAAGAGCUUCAGUCAGAGCUCAGCACUUAAGAAGCAUGAAAUAAUUCACACAGGAGAGAAACCAUUUACAUGCUUGGAGUGUGGAAAGAGCUUCAGUCACAGUUCGCCUCUUAGAGAACAUCAAAGAAUUCAUACAGGAGAGAACCCAUUUACAUGCUUGGAGUGUGGAAAGCACUUCAAUAACAGCUUAACUCUCAGGGGACAUCAAAAAAUUCACACAGGGGAGAAACCAUUUACGUGCUUCGAGUGUGGAAAGAGCUUCAUUUGGAGAUUCAGUCUUAGGAGCCAUCAAAUAAUCCACACAGUAGAGAAACCAUUUAGAUGCUUGGAGUGUGGAAAGAGCUUCAGUCAUGGUUCAUAUCUUAGAAAACAUCAAAGACGCCACACAGUAGAGAACCCAUUUAGAUGCUUGGAGUGUGGAAAGAGCUUCAGUAACAGCUCAUGUCUAAAGAGACACCAAAGAAUUCACACUGGGGAGAAACCAUUUAAAUGCUUGGAGUGUGGAAAGAGCUUCAGUAACAGCUCAUGUCUAAAGAGACACCAAGGAAUUCACACAGGAGAGAAACCAUUUAGAUGCCUGGAAUGUGGAAGGAGCUUCAGGCAGAGCUCAACUCUUAGAGGACAUGAAAGAAUUCACACAGGGGAGAAACCAUUUAGAUGCUUGGAGUGUGGAAAGAGCUUCAGUCAUAGCUCAAGUCUUAGAGGACAUGAAAGAAUUCACAAAGGGGAGAAACCAUUUAGAUGCUUGGAGUGUGGAAAGAGCUUCAGUCAUAGCUCAAGUCUUAGAGGACAUGAAAGAAUUCACACAGGGGAGAAACCAUUUAGAUGCUUGGAGUGUGGAAAGAGCUUCAAUCAAAGAGGAGGUCUUAAGAAACACCAAGGGAUUCACGCAGGAGUUCAAGAAUUUCAGUUGGAGCUCACAUCUUAAGAAUCACCAAGGAAUUCACACACGAGAGAAACCACGUAAAUGGCUGGAGUGUGGAAAGAGCUUUAGUCAGAGAUCAGUCCUUGCAAAACACCAAGGAAUUCACAAAAGAGAAAAAUGAUACAAAUGCCUAUAGCGUGGAAAGAGCUUCAAUCCUAGCUCCCACCUUACCCAAGAUGAAAGAAUUCACACCUGGAAGGAUAGACAUGUUUUUCAUGUAGAUAGAGCUUCCAUCUCACUUCCCCUUCCCAAAGAUGUUGUUGAGGAGAGUGGAACAUAGACUUUCUAGCCACCCCUCCUCUCCCCCACUUCUGAAAGAAGAAGAGCGGGGACAGAGGAGCUGUGGUGGGCAUCAGUGUUCCCUCUCAUGUUUAGAAUCAGUGAGCAGAAAGAGUUUUGCUGUGGUGGGCAGCAGCAUCAAGUCAGUGUGCUCACAGAACUCUUUCUCACUUACACACAGACCCACACAUGAGUUACUGACUAUCGCGCAAAAGAAAUGUUUGCAUGUUGGGAAGGAGGCUACAUUUAGAAUGCUUCUUCCUGCCAUUUAGUUCCCAAUGUGCCAAGUAUGUGGGUUCAUCAUACAUUCAUUCAGUCAUGUCAGCUGGCAGAAGUUGUUAAUCUCAGGUUUACCAUCCCAGUGAGAUCUAGCCUGGUAAUCUUUAGGCUUGACUACUGCAAUACGCUCUACCUGGGGUUGCUUUUGUACGUCAUUCGGAAACUUCCCUUGGUUCACAAUGCAGCAGCUAGAUUGGUCCCUGUGGUGUCUUGGGGAGACACCAUCUUAUGCCUUUUUUAAAGCAGUUGGCUACCAAAAGGUUUCCUGGCAAAAUACAAAGUGUUGGUGAUUACCAUUGAAGCGCUAAACAGUUUAGGGCUCUGUUGUCACUCCUAAACUGUGCAGUGUGCUCCCUGUAGACCAGGGCUGCUCAACUUCAGCCCUCUUGCAGAUGUUGUCCUACAAUUCCCAUAAUCCCUGACUGUUGUCCACUGUGGCUGGGGAUUAUGGGAGUUGUAGUCCAAAACCAGCAGGGGGGCUUAAUUUGAGCAGGCCUACUGUAGACGUUCAUGGUUUAACAUCUUUGCUAUCCCUUAAAAGAGCCCUUAAGACACAUAUUUUCAGCCAGGCAUUUUUAAAAUUUCUGAACUUUAAAAAUUUUUAAAUAGCUGUUUUUACUCGUGUCCCCCCCCCCUUGUGUUUAUUUUUGUAAACUGUGUAGGACCUUUGGAGUUAGGUGGUAUAUAAAAUACAUAAAUAAUAAUGAGAGUGAGGAGGCAGGCCUACAGAAGGGGUAUGCCCAUAUCAGUGCCCACUCCUCUGGUCACUGCCCCUGCCUAGUUUCAUAAUAAACAGAUAGCAUGUAAAGCUUAGGGAAACUUAUGUUAUGCUAUCAUUUGGAAUAAUUCCAUUUUUAAAGGAGGAGCAGACAUAGAAACUUUGGUGCUGGUAUUUUCACACUAAAAAGUUUGUUCCCUAGCUGAAGUAUGUUGGUGCCAUUCUCCAUGCUGUGUUUCAAGGUGGUGAACACUCUCCUUGCUGCUCAAGUUAGUUUCUCUGAAUGGGAAGUCAACUGGAUCCUUCUGGUGCUGCACAGAGGUGGCUGCUCCCAGCCUAGCCAUCCCCGCGUAGUUCCUAUGAUGAAAGGGAAAUAAAAGGGGAAUCCUUCAGAUAUUACUUUGAAUUAUAUAAAGGAAACAAAGCAGAAGAUAUAAAAAUCGAUAAAUUUUUGAAGUCACAAAAUAUUCCACAACUUUCCAAGGCCCAUAUAGAAAUUAUGAAUGCACCGAUAUCAAUAAUGGAAAUAACGGAAGUAAUAAACCAAAACAAAGCUAAUAAAGCGCCAGGGCCCGACGGUCUACCAGCUUCAUACUACAAAUCUUUUAAAGAUCAAUUAUUACAGCCUUUGCAAUGGACGAUGAAUGAUAUUUUGCAAAGAAGAAUUAUGCCAGAGUCUUGGAAGUAUGCCAACAUUGCAGUAAUUCCAAAACCAGAUCCAGAUCUAACGCAAGUCAAGAACUACAGGCCAAUCUCACUGUUAAAUAAUGAUAAUAAAAUUUUUGCUGCCAUUUUGGCAAGGAGAAUGAAGGUUGUACUAAGAGCUUUUAUUCAUGAAGCUCAAGCAGGGUUUUUGCCAAAAAGACAAUUAAGAGACAAUGUGAGAACAGUCCUGAAUGUAUUGGAGUAUUAUGAAAAACACAACGAUAAACAGAUAGCUAAGAUAUUUCUGGAUGCAGAGAAAGCAUUUGACAAUGUCUCCUGGCAGUUUAUGUGGAGGCUAGUGAAUGCAGUGGGAGUUGGUAACAAUUUUAUUAGGGCCAUUAAGACAAUAUAUUCGGAGCAAUAUGCUAAAAUUAUUAUAAAUGGGGAACUCUCAAAUAAUUGUAAAAUACAGAAAGGAACUAGACAAGGUUAUCCACUUUCCCCAUUACUUUUUAUAUUAGUUCUGGAAGUGCUAGGUAGAAAUAUCAGAGAAGAUGACCAAAUACAAGGCCCGAAAGUAGGGAAACAGCCUUUGCGGAUGAUGUGGUGUUUUUGAUAGCCAAUUGGCUGGGUUUUAUAUAAAUAAGAGUAAAAUGAAGGUGCUGACAAAAAAUAUGGACCAGAAAUGCAGCGAUAGACUUUAUGAAAUAAGUGAAUUGAAAGUAGAAAAGAAAAUCAAAUAUUUGGGCGCCUGGCUGACAAACAAAAACUCUUUGUUGUUUUCAAAUAAUUAUAUCAAAAUAUGGAAUACAGUAAAAAUUGAUUUGCAAAGAUGGACUAGAAUGAACUUAUCUUUAUGGGAAGAAUUUCAACUGUGAAGAUGAAUGUUUUACCUAAAAUGUUUCUUUUUCAGACCAUUCCUAUAAUUAAUACGUUAACCUGUUUCAAGCAAUGGCAAAAGGACAUAUCGAAAUUUGUUUGGCAAGGGAAAAGACCAAGAAUUAAAUUUAAAAAUUUAACAGAUGCUAAAGAAAGAGGUAGUCUUACCCUGCCAUAUUUAAAGUUGUAUUUUGAUGCUGUUUGUUUGACGUGGUUAAAGGAAUGGAUAACAUUAAGAAAUUCCAGAAUACUUGAUCUGGAAGGAUUUGAUAGGUUUGGCUGGUAUUCAUAUCUGUGGUACGAUAAAAGCAAAGUGCAUAAAGAUUUUCUUAAUCAUUAUGUAAGAAGGAGUCUAAUGGGAGUGUGGGUAAAAUACAAAAAAUGGCUGGAUAUAAAACUCCAUUAUGGGUAUCCCCGAUUGAAGCUUUAGCACGUAAAGAGACAAACAUGCAAUCUGAAUGGGGUACCUAUAGGGAUCUGUUAUGUUUUCAAGAGAAGGGCUGUAAAUUAAAAAACCUAAACGAAGUACAAAAUUUGGUUAGUAACUGGUUUCAGUAUCAUCAGCUAAAUGGAAUUUAUAAGAAGGAUCUUACAGUUGGAUUUGAGGAUCAAAUGUCAAGAUUCGAGAAGGAGUGUGAAAAUGAUGAAAAAUUAGUCUCUAAGAUGUAUAAGUUGUUGCUUUUGGAGGAGACAAGAGAUGAAGUGGUUAAAACGACUAUGAUAAAAUGGGCUUAAGAUGGGGGUCAUAAUAUAGAUAUGGCAGCUUGGGAAAAAUUAUGGAAAACUGAUUUAAAGUUCACUGCAUGUUAUACUUUAAAAGAAAAUUAUUAUAAGAUGAUGUACAGGUGGUAUUUGACACCGAAAAAAUUAGCAUAAAUGUAUAAAAAUGUUUCAAACAAAUGUUGGAAAUGUGGACAAUGUGAAGGAACUUUUUUCCUAUGUGGUAGUUAUGCGGGAAGGCAAAGGCCUUUUGGGAUAUGAUAUACGGUAUGAAUUGAAGAAAAUUUUUUAAAUGACAUUUCCUAAGAGGCCAGAAUCCUUCCUGCUGGGAAUAACGCAAGGAGAGUUCUCCAGAAGAAACUUAACAUUUUUUAUGUAUGCAACCAUGGUGGCUAGAAUAGUAUAUGCGCAGAAAUGAAAAGAUAAUAAAAUGCCCUCAAAAGAAGAUUGAUUGUUAAAAAAUUUGGAAUACGCUGAGAUUGCAAAACUUACAGCACUCAUAAGGGAUGAAAACUUGGAAUGUUUCAAAGAAGAUUGGGAACCAUUCUUAUUUCACUCAAAGAACUAUUUUUCCAAUAUGGACCUUUCAGCAGGGUUUGAAAUUGAGUAACAGCAGCAGGUUGGGCAGGGGAAAAUCGAGUUUGCAAUGUGGAGUAUAUUUGUUUUGAAUUAUUAUAGCAAUGGUAGAUUUGUAUAGCUAAUAUGAACCGUGCAGACUGGUAAGCGGGAAGUCAAUGUUUACUUAUAUUGUAAAACUAAUACAAAUUUCAAAAUGCCAAAAAAUUCUUGGCUACGGGAGUUGCUUAACUCCUCGCUAUGUGAGGGUUUCGUGCCAGCAGCCCUUAAGGAGGAGAUAGUUCACCCUCACUUGAAGAAACCCUCCCUGUACCCUGAGGUCCUUGACAACUAUAGACCGAUCUCCAACCUCCCUUUUUCAGUGAAGGUGUUAGAGAAGGUUGUAUGUGCCCAGCUUGAGAGGAUCUUGGAAGAAACUAGUUAUCUUAAUUCUUAUCAGUCGGAUUUCAGGCCUCCGCAUAGCACAGAGACAGCACUGGUCGCUCUGGUAGAUGACCUUCUUCGGGACCUUGACGGGGGUAGUGUCCCUCUCUUGGUCCUUUUAGAUCUCUCAGUGGCUUUUGACACUAUCGAUCACGCUAUCCUUCUUGACCGCCUGUGUGGGUUGGGUAUUGGGGGCACUAUCUUACAGUCAUUCCGUUCUUACCUUAGCAGGCGUGUCCAGUUGGUAUGCAUUGAGGACAGAUGCUCUGACCCAUGGCCACUCCUUUAUAGAGUUCCCCAGAGUUCAGUUCUUGCCCCUGUCCUCUUUAACAGCUAUAUGGAGCCGCUGGGUCAGGUCAUUUCCCAGUUUGGGGUGAGAUUUCAUCAAUAUGCUGAUGAUACUCAGCUGUAUGUUGCCAUCCCAGACCAUUCUGGGGAUGCUGUUUCUGUGCUUUCUUGAUGCCUGGAAGCUGUUACGGUCUGGAUGAAUCAAAAUAAGCUCAGACUGAAUACCACUAAGACUGAACUACUUUUUCUCAGCCCUUUACCAGCCAACAGCUCGAUGUGAAACUUGUUCUAGAUGGAGUGGCGCUGCCCCCAAAGGAGCUUGUUUGUGAUUUGGGUUUCCUUUUGGACUCGCGCCUCCUGCUUGAACAGCAGGUGGAGGCUGCGGCCAGAAGUGCUUUUGCCCAGCUUCAUCUGAUUCGCCAAUUACGCUCUUACCUUGAUCAAAAGGCAUUGAUGACAGUGACCCAUGCCCUUGUUAUCUCCCGCUUAGAUUAUUGUAACGCUCUCUAUCUAGGGUUACCUUUGAGAACAAUCAGAAAGCUACAACGGGUCCAGAAUGCAGUGGCUCGCCUAUUCGUGGGUGUCAGAAAAUAUGACAGGGUAACACCUCUCCUGCAGUCAUUGCACUGGUUGCCUAUUCACUUCCGAGUUCAAUUUAAGGUCCUGGUUUUGACCUUCAAAGCCUUGCGAGGUUUGGUGCCUGUCUACCUACAGACCCGCCUCUCCCAUCCAGUUACAUCCCGUCCGGUCAGGUCUUCACAGAUGGCCCUUUUGUCGAUCCCUGAUUUCCGAGAGGUUCGGGGUGCUAGGACCCGUGAAAGGACCUUUUCGGUUGCUGCCCCACUGCUCUGGAACUCCCUUCCCCUUCAGAUUUGUUUAGCUCCUUCCUUAUUGAUUAUUAAAUCUCUGUUGAAGACUUUAAUUUUCCGUCAGACUUUUACCCUUUAGUUUACCUAUUUGGUUUUUUUCUUUUUUGUUAGUUACUUUAGUUUUUAAUUCAGAAUGUAAUUUUAAUGCUGUCUUGCUUUCCAUGUUUUUGUACACCGCCCAGAGUCUUCAGAGUGGGCGGUAUAUUAAAUGUUUCUAAUAAAUUAAAUUAAAUUAAAUUAAAUUAAUUAAAUUAAUUAAAUUAAAUUAAAUUAAAUUAAAUUAAAUUAAAUUAAAUUAGGAAAGCAGCAUACCACCAUCCAUCCAAAUUGUUCACAGAAUGCCCACUGCUCCUCCAUUUCAAAGGAAGAAAAUAAUCCAUCUGUUUCUGACACAACAUUUUUUAUCCUACAUUUCUAUUCCGCUCUUCCUCCAAGGAACCCAGAGCAGUGUACAUGGAUACUUAUGUCUUCACAGACACCCUGUGAGGCAGGUUAGGCUGAGAGAGACAUGACUGACAAAGAAAUCAUUAUUUUAGGAACAACACUUAUCAAAAAUAAUCUAAGUAUUAUCUACAGAGAAGAAAAGUAUGUCUUUGUAACUUUAUACUUUUAUUUAUUUAUUCAUUCAUUCAUUUAUUUAUUGCAUUCACAUAUUCUUAUACCGCCCAAAAUUCACGUCUCACAAAGCAAACAACCAAACAAAGAGAAAUAGUUAAAACAUUAGUUAAAAUAAAUAACAACAAAUAUUAAAACACCAGUUAAAACAAAGUAAAUGAUACAGCAAAACACUGCAACAAUUCAAUCCUUAAAACCUUUUAAACCAUGUUAAAACUAUUAAAACAAUACUUAAUUAUUGUGACCAUACCCUUGUUAUCAGGUGACCCAUGCCCAGAGGCAUAACUAGGGAAAACGGCGCCCGGGGCAAGCACUGAAAUUGCGCCCCCCCCCACUCUCCUUCCCCCCGGAAAUAUGGAAAUGUGUCACAGUCAUAGUCAAAUGUGGGUUGUGGGCUGCAUCCGUGCAAGUAUACUGGGACAGGAAAAAGGAAACAUGAGGCUACAAGGCUCUUUAGAAAUAUAUAUUUUAAAUAAAUGUCUUGCAUACUAACAGCCUAAGUUUGCAGUCCUCAUGGCCAGAAAAUAAAUGCUUUUAAACAUAGUAAUAGGUUUUGUGUCCCAAAAUGGAAAAGACAAGACAGGUAUUCUAGUCUUUUCCAUCAUAGAUAUUCUAGUCUAUUCAAGAUUUAUGCUUAUAUUAUAAUAGAGACUUAAAUUAUAAUAGACAUAUAUUCAAGUCUAUCAUAGAUAUUCUAUGUUUAUUAAUUCUAUAAUAAUGUCUAUUUGUAGCACACUUUACGUUGGUUGUAUUCCUGGGAAACUCAAUGGCCACAUUCAGCCACCAUUAUUUGAGCCAUGAUCUCCUCCUCUUUCUGCUUCCCUCUCAUACACAGUCUUAAUAAAUAACCUCCUGGUUUAAUUAAAUCACCGUUUGCCUAUGCACCUGAACAGCAAAACUGAGGUUUGGGCCCUUCAUAUACCAGAAUUGCAAACCACACUGUGUGAUCCUAGUUUGGAGGGCUUACUCAGCAGUUUAUUGGAUGUAAGCUGUGAAUGUGAAUGCAUCCAAUUGGACUGAACGUAAGGGCAAGUUAUGGUUUGAUUACGUAGGAAGCUGUCUACAGAGUCAGAUAUUGGUCCACCUAGCUCACUAUUGCCCACACUGACUGGCAGCAGCUCUCCAAGGUUUCAGGCAGGAGUUUCUCCCAGCCCUACCUGGAGGUAGGGAUUGAACCUGGGAUCUUCUGCAUGUUAUUUGCAAUUACAUCUGACUUGCUUGAAAUUACACAGGCAAAUCAAAAAGAUCAUGAAUAAGUAGGGGUGAGAUUUUUCUUUGUUUUAAAAAAGCCUUCCCAAUUUCCUCUUAUUUUUAAAACUCUCUCAAAGGAAAAUAUAAGUUUAAUAUGUAAAACAAAAUACACAUUGAAUGAAAAACCGUGAUUAACUUUUUAAAAACUAUUAAGUAUGUAAUGAGAAGGAUUCCAUUACAUUAAGAUACCAAUUUCUUUAAAGCCAGAAAUAAUACCUACUGAAACUUUAAUUAUUUAAACAAGGAGAGAAAAAGGCAUGUUAUCUUCCCUAACAAAGAUUAAAAUCAAUUUAAUUGGUUCUCCACUGCCUUGACAUGAUUCUCUCUGUGAGUCAAGCAACCAAAAAGGGAAAUUAAUAUCGCAGCUGUUAAUCAAGUGAUAUUUGUGCACUCUAUCUUAUUAAAGCUACAGGGGCAGAAAGAAAAACUUCCCAUCGCUACUUUUUGGACCAAUUUGUUCACACUGUAUUAAAUGGGAUUUCCCCCCCUUCAAAAAUAUAGAUGCUGCACUUAUGUUUUGGAGACAGAACAUCUACAAUAUGCACCAAAUGAACAAGGCUGAAAAUGUUGUAGACUGUAUGUUGCUAAUAAAAAUCUGCUAUAAAGAAUAAACCUAGUAUUAAUCCAGACAGACUGAACAU